UUGCUAUAUAAAAGAGAUAAAAUUGUUUAGUGCCCCAUACCUGUUUCUAGAAUAAAUAUAAUUGUGAUAACUCUAAAUAAAUGUGCUAACAUCAAAUUUGGUAAAAACAUCAAAAGGACGUGCUCUGAAUGCAAAUUGCAUAAAGCAAAUAAUAAAAGCGGUAUUAACUUUGGGAUAAGAACUUGGAUAUGAAUAAAUUGUAGUAAUUGGUAGUAAUUUCGCAAUAACUUGGAUUACUCAUGUGUUUAUGGAUGUUUUAUGCAACUAAUGCAAAGUUACACACAGAUGCCAAGUAAAAUUUCUACAAAAAUGACGGAAAAGCUCACAAACAUUUGCGCUACGUCUGAACAGCUUGAAAUCCGACUUCCUGCAGGAUUUGCAGCAAUGGAAACUCAAGUUGCGGGUCACACAUUUGAUACAUCUUCUUUGGGUCUUUUGCAAGACAGUGGUGGUUGCGUGCUUAAACCACUAGGCAAACCGGAAUGUGGAGAACGUGAGAAGAAUUUCUAUGAAAAUCUUCAAGAGGCUGAGAAAUCGAAUGACUCAAAUUUAUUGCUACAGCUUAGUUCAUUUGUGCCAAAAUUCCAUAAAACAGUGUCAUUGGUCGUUAAUAAUCGUCAGCACACUUUCCUGAAAAUGGAAGAUCUUACAAAAGGUAUGCGAAAACCUUGUAUAAUGGAUAUUAAAGUUGGUAAGCGAACUUGGGAUCCUAUGGCAUCAGAACAAAAACGUCGUGUAGAAGAACAAAAGUAUGUACGAUGUAAACAAGUUUUAGGGCUAUGCAUUCCGGGUUUCCAGGUAUAUACGCGCCAAGAUUAUAAAGUACUUCGCUUUAGCAAAGAGUAUGGUAAAAAUUUGGACUCUGAUGGUUUUCGCGCGACAAUGGCACUCUUCAUAAAUGCUGAAAACGGAGAAGUCUGUAGACCUUUGGUUUUUGAAAUAUUAAAACAAUUAUACAGAAUACGAGAAUGGUUUAAGGUGCAGACACUUUACAAUUUCUAUGCCAGUUCCUUAUUGAUAGUUUAUGACUAUGAAUACCUGGAAAAAUUAUUACUACAAACUGAUUCACACCAAAGUAAUGGAAUUUCACAAUUGACAAAUGGUGAUUUAGAGAAUAAUCAUAGCGUACAUAUAAAUGCACAGAAUAUCACUGAACAUAAAACAAGCGAUGCACAAUGGGUUAAAGUUAAAAUGAUAGAUUUCGCACACGUUUUUCCCACAGAAAACCACUCUUUAGAUACGAAUUAUAUUUUUGGAUUAGAGAAUUUAAUCAUGGUAUUCGAAGAACUGAUGAAUCGAUAACAAAUAUAGCACAACUAAGCAUUCUAAAAUAUUUUGCAUAAAGACUUCCAGGAAGACUAUUGUUAUUUAUACCCUUUACAUACACAAUACUAUAACCCACAAUGUCGCCAAUACUAAUCGUAUGUAUGUAUAUG